ACUUGUUUAAUAAUAAUAAUUAUUAUGGAAAAAUUACAUGAAUAUCAAGGACUGAAUGGUCGCUUUCAUCAGUGGAGGGAAAAUAUUUUAGAAAAGUAUAAAAGUUUCAAAGAAAAUAACGUAUCAAACCUGAUAGAAAUAGCCAAAAACAAAGCAAGUGAUCAAUUAAAAGGAAAUAAGUGUGCUUCCGAGGACUAUUCACACAUAUACAGAUAUAAAACUCGAGCAGAGUUGGUGCGAGUGUCUACUGCUGUGAUGGGCAUUGAGUUUUCUUAUGCAGCUGAGACAGCGUUCGUGUCACCUACCCUGUUGAAAAUAGGCGUGGAGCAUCAAGCCAUGACACUGGUGUGGGCAUUGUCGCCGUUGGUUGGAUUCUUUUUAUGUCCCAUAUUAGGUUCGUUUUCAGACCGCUGUAAACUGAAUAUGGGACGACGAAGGCCAUUCAUAAUACUUUUAUCCAUCGGAGUUAUUAUCGGACUUCUUUUGGUGCCCAAUGGAGAAGCCUUGGGGUAUUGGUUUGGUGAUGAAAAUGCUCAUUCUCAAAUUAGUUCCAUGAAUAUUACUUCUGCGGAAACACAUAAUAUUAAUAUGUCUCCACACCGGGCAACGGCUUCGGAAACCAAAGUUCCAGAAAUUAAAAAAACUGCACAUCCAUGGGGCAUUUUCUUCACUGUAUUGGGAACUGUUUUACUUGACUUUGAUGCCGAUGCUUGUCAAAGUCCUUCAAGAGCGUACCUGUUAGAUGUGUGUAUUCCGGCGGACCAUGCAAAAGGCUUAUCUACGUUCACUAUAAUGGCCGGCUUAGGAGGCUUUUUCGGAUACUCAAUGGGUGGCAUAAAUUGGGAUUCAACGUCAAUAGGUCGACGUCUUGGUGGGCAUGUUAAGGCCGUGUUCACUAUUAUAACGUUCAUUUUUAUCGCCUGCGUAACAUUUACAAUUACAAGCUUUAAGGAAAUUCCUCUUUGGGUCUUACUAAAUCCAAAACCUAAAGCAAGUCCAAAUGAAGAUAAUGUCUUAGAAACGUCGGGUGUAAAUUAUGGAGCAUUUGACAAUAAAGACAUCUACAAAAGUGGCGAAAUUAAUGAACAGCUAAAAGCUACACCGCCGACCCACAAUUUGUGCGAAAUUGAUGCCAACGUUGAUGAAACUUCGUUUACGGAUAAUCAAGAAAUGUGUACUGACGAUGCACAAAUACCAAGCUUCACCGAGAAUACAGAUAUAAAGUCCAUGUCACAUUACUUAAACUCUAUUGUGUACAUGCCGUACUCUCUGCGCAUUGUCUGCCUUACAAAUCUAUUUUGCUGGAUGGCUCACGUCUGUUACUCAUUGUAUUUUACGGAUUUUGUAGGGGAGGCUGUAUUUGAUGGUGACCCAAAAGCAAUGGAAGGUUCAGCACGACAAUUACAAUAUGAAGAAGGCGUACGCUUUGGAUGCUGGGGAAUGGCAAUGUACUCCCUUUCUUGUGCCUGUUAUUCCCUUGUAAUUGAAAAGCUGAUACAACGUUUCGGAGCCAAGCCCGUAUAUGUUGGAGGACUUCUGUUUUAUUCAAUUGGGAUGACAUUAAUGGCUUUAACUAGAGCAAAAAUGAGUGUUAUUAUCUUCAGUUGGGCAGCAGGAGUGAUGUAUUCUACGUUAUUUACUUUGCCUUAUUUACUAGUGGCUCAUUAUCAUUCACUUGGCACGUUUGAAUUGGACGGACAAGGGUGUGCAAAGCUUGGAUCCGAAGUUCGCGGCCUUGGCACUGAUGUGGCCAUUGUAAGCAGUAUGGUUUUCUUGGCUCAAUUUAUUUUAUCAAUGUGCAUGGGUACAAUUGUGAAGGUUUCAGGAACCACAACCGCUGUUGUCAGUACAGCAAGCUUUUUAAGUUUAUGCGGGGCCUUUUCAGCCACAAAAAUUAUGUACUUAGAUUUAUAAAAUACUUAUUAUUUUAAUUGCAGCUUAAUUCAGGGAUGCAAACAAAUUCUGAAUAGUAUGAUAUUGCGAAUAUGACGUACAUACUAUAUAUCUAUUUGGGAGCAAUGACACCAAAUAAAUAUAAAACCUCCACAUAUGAAAACAUGUUUGUCUGACUAGAACAGGAACACUAUCAAAUUUAGCCGUGAGCCAAUGAUAAUUUGGCUAUUUAUAGCCUGUACCCAAAGGGUAAAAGACUAUACUAUUUUUGUGCAAAUAUAUGUAACAGGCAGAAGGAGGCUUUGCGGACCCCACAAAGUAUAUAUAUUCUUGAGCAGGGUGACAAGACGAGUCGAUAUAGCCAUGUUCGUCUGUCCAUCCAUCUGUAUGAACGCAAGGAUCUCAGAAAGUAUAAGAGCUAGAAUAACCAAAUCUGAUAUCUAGAUUCUCCAAAGUUCGAAAAAUGACGAGAUUGUGAUUUUUUCUCUGAUGCACCCCCCUCACACCCCCGCUAUUUGUGUUUUUUCCAUACGUAACUGUAAUUCUAAUAUGUAUCCGUAUGGCAAGUUUCAUCAUGAUAGGCCAAUUCUGAAGAAAGUUAUAGCAAUAACUAAAAUCGUUGCCUAUGUGCUGCCUGUUCCUCUGCCCGCAGCGCUGCCCGCAGCUGUUGUUGUUGUUGCUGCUUUGGUUCAGCUGUGUGCUGCAUACAUACACUCAUAUAA